AUGUACAAGUAUGGCAACAAGAGUAAUUCUACAAAUACUCUUAAAAAGAGAGAGGAAAUUGAAAUGGAUAGAUGGAUGGCGUAUGCACCACCGAGGUUUGGUAGAGUAGGUGUAGGCAUAGCACGGGCACACACACGUGAAUAUGAAUAA